CAACUGGCAGCUGACAUGGCUGGUUGUCUGCAAAGGACAGGACUUUGUAAAGGGCAGGCACGUUUGUUGAGAUGCCUCUUUGUGCUUUUCACUCUGGGCUUCUGCUUUUCCUCUGUGGACGCGGAGCCCCACCAAUUCGACCCGGCGUUCCUCUAUCGACAACGACAAGGACCUAAUGCUGACAGCAUCAUCGUGGCCAACAAUGGCCUCCGUGUUCCCUUCGGGAGGUCUGUGUACCUGGACCCUGUCAAUGACCUGGUGACCGAGGUGCAGCCCGGAGACCGCUGCUCCAUCACGGUCCUGGAGAAUGAUCCACUGGCCCAAAAACCCGGAAUGCUUAGCCCUAAGAAGUUUCCCUGUGCGUUUGGCGAUGAUGAGGUGAAAUACACUCAUUUUGGUUCCCGGAGCCCCAGUAAAGACAGGGUGAAGCUGCAGCUGCGCUACGACUCCCAGACGGACACGGUGGUCAUCCCCUUCAUGCUGGAGGUGGAGGUGGUCUUCCAGCAGCUGGAGGUCCUCACCAGGAACAUGCCCCUGGCUGUGGACAAGCUCAACGGCAACAGCAACCCCAUCGACAAAAAGGGCCUGGAGUUUUCCUUUGAGGACGGCGUCACUCAGUGCAAGGUUGCCACGCUGGUCGGCGCCGGCGGUCUCCCCAGGUAUGGCACCCUUUUAAAUAAUUCCACUAAUGGCCAGAUGAUGGAUUGUGGUGAGUUUCUUAAGCAAGGCAUUCGCUACAAGCACACAUCCACCACCAACUCUCCUAACAGAGACUAUAUCCCCAUGUUGGUAGAGCUGCAGGAUAAUGAGGGAAACACCAUCAUGCAGGAGCAUUUCCAGAUCAUGGUUAGAAUCAGAGAGGGCACAGAGAACACCUCUCCUAAGCCUAGUUUUGUUGCUAUGAUGAUGAUGGAGAUUGAUCAGUUUGUGAUGACAGCUAUCACCAGUGAUAUGUUGGCUGCCGAGGACGUUGAAUCUGAUCCAGACGACUUAAUCUUUAACAUUACGUCCCCCCUGGGCCAUCAGCAAGGCUACAUCAUCAGUACAGAUGAUCAGAACCUCCCCAUCACCUCGUUCUACCAGAGAGACAUGAAAGAUUUGAAGAUAGCCUAUAAGCCUCCAUCCGAGGAUUCAGAAGUAGAGAGGAUUUUCCAGCUCGAGUUUGAAAUUGUAGAUACAGAGGGUGCCGUCUCUGAUACAUUUGCCUUUAUGAUUGUGGUGAAGCCUAUGAAUACUCUGGCUCCCGUAGCAACCAAGAACACAGGGCAGCUUUUGUUUGAGGGCCAGUCCAGAUCUCUUUCCAGCUCUCACAACUUAGAGAUCAGUGAUGAAGAUAACCUGGACGAUGUGAAAAUCACAGUGGUGGACGGCUUGAAGCAUGGCGAGCUGACGGUGCUCGGCUCGCGCAGGAAAUUCUUCACACCUGCUGAUUUAGAUGCCGGCAUCGUGGUUUACCAGCACGACGGCAGUGACACCUACAGCGACAACAUCAUUUUUAGAAUGACUGAUGGCAGCAAUGAGGUUGAGUUUCUGUUCCCUAUCACUAUAGCCCCCACCGACGACGAACCCCCUAUUAUCAAUGCAAACACCGGCCUGGUGCUUUUCAAGAAUGAAAUCAUGCAGAUUUCCCCCUUCAUUCUGAGCGCCACAGACAUAGACUCAGAGGACUCUACCAUUAAAUUCAUCCUUGAGGCCCCAUACUCCACUGUGGGGGAGCUUCUCCUCAGACAGGUGGAGCCUCCCUCUGACCCCUCUCUCUGGAAGUUCAGUGAGACAGAUGAGAUGUUUGAACAGGUGGUGACCGAAUGUUUCCAGCAGGACAUUCUAGAUGGGAAGCUCUUCUACCGCCACAUUGGGCCUCACAGCACCACCACUGUGAUGGAUCAGUUUGUGUUCCGCGUCCAAGACGACAAUAACCCACCAAACCAGUCCGGUGAGCAUACCUUCACCAUUAAAAUCCACCCGGUGGAUGACCUCCCACCAGAGCUCUACCCAGAGACCACGCUUCACAUGACAGUGCAAGAGUAUGAGCUGACCCACUUCAAGAAGACGUUUUUGCGUUACACAGAUCUGGACUCGGAUGACAGGGAUCUGAAAUACACCGUCACCAAGCCCCCCACUGACACAGAUGAGAACAACCCGGCCCCCCUGGGUGAUAUUGUUCUGACUGACAGUCCCGACUCAGUGAUCAGUGAGUUCACACAGGCCCAGGUCAACCACCACAAAGUGGCCUACAAGCCCCCAGACCAGGAACUGGGCAUCACUCCAAAAGUCCUUCAGUUCACAUUCAUUGUGGAGGACACUGCUGGGAAUUCAGUAGAUGGACUAUUCACUAUUUUCUUACAGCCCGUUGACAACAAGCCCCCCUUUAUCACCAACACUGGUUUCACUUGUCAGGAGAGAAGCACGUACAUCAUCACUAAGAACGAGCUCGAUGCCACCGACCAGGACACAGAAGAUGAAAAUAUCAUAUUCACUGUGACCCAGAUUCCCCGCUAUGGGCAGCUGCAGUAUUUAGGGAUCGAUAUGUCGAACAGUGAGACAUUCGUCCUGGAGGACAUCGAAAAUGGCCGUAUUGCCUACAUCCACGGCGGGGAGGAAAGCCUCAGCGACGUUAUCAAGUGUGACGUCAGCGACGGCUUCCAUGAGGUACCUAUCAUCAUCAAGAUCUCCAUUAACCCAGUUGAUGACGAGACCCCCACCAUCAUGCUCCCUGCCGGCCUCCUAGGGGCAUCCAUCGAUGUCCUGGAGAACGGGGCAACUGAAAUCACCAGCAACGUCAUCCAGGGCCGCGAUGAAGACACUGACGACCUCAUGCUGACCUUCAUCGUUGAGGAGCCCCCCAGGCUCGGUGAGAUCCUAGUGAGCGGUGCCCGCGCCGAGAGGUUCACCCAACAGGACAUCAUCAACGGUAUGGUGGUAUAUGCCCACACUAGUGGUGAGAUCGGAUCCUUCAAAGAGCAUGACUCCUUCAACCUCACCAUCUCCGACAUGUCCGAUGAAUGGGUUGUCGGGGGCAACAAGGUCCAAGGAGUCCGGGUGCUCGUCACUAUCCUGCCCGUCGACAGCAUCCCACCUAUCGUCAGCGUUGGGGAGCAGUUUGUGGUGAUAGAAGGGGAGAAGAACGUCAUUACUCUGGAUCACAUUAUGGCUGAGGAUAUGGACACAGAAAAUGACGACAUCCUGUGCACCAUCAUCGUCCAAUCAACAUCCGGGUACGUGGAGAAUAUCUCCCCAGCUCCAGGUUCUGAGAAGUCCAGAGCAGGCACCGCCAUCACCGCCUUUAGCUUCAAAGAUGUCUUCCUCGGUCAUAUCUACUACGUCCAGAGCAUCCACAAAGGUGUGGAGCCUGUGGAAGACAGGUUCACCUUCCGUUGCUCUGACGGCAUCAACUUCUCUGAUCGCCACUUCUUCCCCAUCGUCAUCAUCCCUGCCAAUGAUGAGAAACCAGAGAUCUUCAUCCGUGAGUUUGUCGUGAUGGAGGGCAUGAGUCUGGUCAUUGACACACCCAUCCUGAACGCGGCUGAUGCAGACAUUCCAGGGGACGAACUGGAGUUUGAGAUCAUACAGAACCCCAAGCAUGGCAAGAUAGUUCAGCAGCUUUCAACGGGCACAGUCCCUGUUGUCAAGUUCUCCCUGGAACAGAUCAAUGAGGCCUCCAACAUCGUCUAUGAACACGACGACUCAGAGACCAAAGAAGACAGCUUCGACGUUAGGCUCACAGACGGGAAACACACAGUGGAGAAAAAGAUUCUCAUCAUGGUGAUUCCUGUCAAUGACGAGACACCGAGAAUGGCCAUCAAUGACGGACUGGAGGUUGAGAUCGGAGAAACCAAAAUAAUCAACAACAGGGUCAUGAAGGCUACUGAUCUGGACUCGGAAGACAAAGAGCUCAUCUACGUUGUGCGCUAUGGCCCAAGCCAAGGCUAUCUCCAGCGUAUCACCAAGUUUGGACACGUUGUAGGCAACAUCACCCUCGACAUGAACUUCACCCAAGACGAAGUCGACAAAAACCUGAUCCAGUAUGUGCAUACGGGCCAGGAGGGUGUACGCGACCUGUUGAAGUUUGACGUUACCGACGGCAUUAACCCCCUUAUCGACCGAUACUUCUACAUCAACAUCGGAAGCAUCGACAUGGUCUUCCCCGAUGUCAUCAACAAAGGUGUGACUCUAAAAGAAGGGGGCAAAGUGACCCUCACCACUGACCUGCUCAGCACCACUGACAUCAACAGCCCAGAUGAGUUCCUCAGCUUUAGCAUCACACGUGCCCCUAGCAGAGGCCAUCUUGAAUGCACUGACCUCCCAGGUGUGCCCAUCUCCACCUUCACCCAGCUGCAGCUGGCCGGCAACAAGAUCUACUACAUCCACACAUCUGACGAUGAGAUGAAGAUGGACAGCUUUGAGUUCGAGGUGACGGACGGCUACAACCCCGUCUUCCGCACCUUCAGAGUAUCCAUCACGGACGUGGACAACAAGAAACCUGUCCUGAGCGUCCACAAGCUGCUGUUGGGAGAGGGCGAGAACAAGCUCAUCACCCCAUUCGAGUUGACCGUGGAGGACCGUGACACCCCAGACAACCUGCUGCGCUUUGUGGUCACCCAGGUUCCGGUUCAUGGCCAGUUGCUGUUCAAUGGCACCCAGCCAAUCAACACCUUCACCAAGCAGGACCUGAAUGAGAACCUCAUCACCUACAAGCACGAUGGCACCGAGUCCAAUGAGGACAGCUUCUCGUUCACCGUCACCGACGGCACACACAACGACUUCUACGUAUUCCCUGAUACCGUGUACGAGACACGUAAGCCUCAGAUGAUGACCAUUCACAUCAGCACUAUUGACAACGGGGUCCCCCAGAUUGUGGUCAACAAGGCUGCCCCCUCGCUAAGGGUUCUGCAUACCGGCCACCUUGGCUUCCUGAUCACCAGCAAGGCCCUGAAGUCCGAGGAUCGAGACAGCCCUCACAAAGUCCUCAAGUACUCCGUGGCCGAGGCCCCACUGCACGGCUUCAUCAUGAACAACGCGCUGGGCAAUGACAGCAUCAAGGCCUUCACACAAGGUAAGACUAGCAUUUACUAUUACAUAUAUAUAAAAAUUUGGAAAAAGUGAACGAACAAUCAAAACAAUUAAAAUCUGACAAACAUACUUUUAUUCAUUUUAUUCUAAAUUGAUUUAAGUUCUGUACUUUGGGAAAAUUAUGUUUACAAUAUCAGUAAGCCCAGGAUUCACACUCCUGUCAGAAUCAGUAUUGUAAUGCCUUUGUCUUUGACAUCAUCUAAAGUGAUGCCUGAGGGCUCUAAGUAACCUUCAGUAAAAAGUGGAGAAAUCAUCUCAGAUGUUCAAAAGAAUGUAGAGAUUCUCCUAUUCACCCUUUCAUGUCAUCAGCUGAUAUCGACGAAAUGAAGAUUUGCUACGUGCUGCUUGAUGGUAGCAACGCCACAAGUGAUAUCUUCUACUUCACCGUAGAAGAUAACGGUAAGACCCUCUUUAUUCAUCUUUGA